AACAUGUUUUGAGUUGAAACAAAGAUUAAUUGAUGGCUGAUACUUCCCUUUCCUUAAAUCUUUCUACCAAAAUACAAUAAUGCAAAUUGUGCAAGCUGGUUAGGCCUUUUUUUAACAGACCUGGCCCAUGAUGAGAGUAUAACUAUGGUUUCAGCGAUACGACGCCGCUGUGUACAUAUCAAUAUUCAAUAUCAUCCACUGGGGAAAACUAAAAAUAAAUAAAAUACUCAUCAUCCGUUUAAAAAAAUAAAAGAAAAUACUUGAAACCUGCGUGGGAUUCUGCGACUGGAAGCAGCUCAAGUUCUUCUUUCUUCGUCUUCAGAAUGGUUUAUUAGGGUCUAUCAUUUUGGUUUCAGAACACUCUACAAUGGCGCCCCAAUUGGCAACAACCUCAGAGAAGGUUCACCAAUUCUUCGACGAACUGGAAGCUCACAAGAAGAUCCUAGCCACGUGCACAAACCUAUUCACCACUCUCUCCAACCACUUUUCCUCCCUCCAAGACUCCGUCUCCCAGAAAUCCCAAUUCCUCGAUUCGAAAUUCCAAGCCCUAGAAUCCCGCUCCAAAGAAACCCUAGAAUCUCUCCACCACCGCGAGGACUCCAUCUCGGAGCGCGAGUCCGCCGCCGCCGCCCGCAUCGACGAGCAGAAGGAAGCCGCAAUCGCCGACCUCCGAACCCCUCUCCCGGCGAACGCUGAACUCUCCGCCACCUUGAAAUCCCUCUCGCGGAAGAUGGACGCUUCGGCGCUGUUGCGCUUUAUCGUUUCGAAGCGGAAAGAGUCGGCGUCGCUGAGGGCGGAGAUAGCUCCGGCGAUUGCGGAGGCGGUGGACCCGCCGAGGCUGGUGCUGGACGCGGUGGAGGAGUUUCUGAAGAGCAAAAUGGUGAAGUCGGGUGUCACUGAUAAGAGGUGGGCGUGCGGGCUUCUGAUUCAGGCGUUGCUUUCGGAGUCUCGCGAAUAUUCUAGAAGGAUCGUGGAGAGAGCCGUCGGGGUUGUGGAAUUGUGGAAGAGAGAAAUGGAUGGUGAAUCGGAGACUGGUGCUGCGGAAGUGGUGAUGUUUCUGCAGAUGGUGGUGUGUUUCGGAUUGCGUUCAAGGUUUGAUGAGGGGUAUUUGAGGAAGUUCGUUAUGGAGUUUGCUUCUAGAAGGGACAUGGCUAAGCUAGCUGCUUCCUUGGAAUUCGGGGACAACAUGAUAGAUAUUAUAGAUGAAUUAAUUAAAAAUGGCAAGGAGAUAGAAGCUGUUUAUUUUGCUUCAGAGUCCGGUUUGACUGAAAGAUUUCCUCCGAUCAACCUGCUCAAGUCCUAUUAUCGGAACUACAAAAAGAAUGUCACCACCACGUUGAAAAAGGGAAACAACAAUCAGGCUGCAAUGGAUGAUUCAAGCACUUUGGAGUUGAAUUCCAUUAAGGCUAUAAUCAAAUGUGUAGAAGAUCACAAGCUUGAAUCAGAAUUCAACCUUGAUAGUUUGAGAAAGCGGGCCACUCAUUUGGAGAAAACUAAGGCCGAAAGGAAGAAGAGUUCAUCAUCUGGAAGUAAACCUCAGAACAAGCGAGGCUGUCGAGGCAGUGGAUCCAGCUCAUCUCGUCCAGCCAAAGCAGCGAAAUAUAGUGCACACACAUCAUCAUCUUUCAGUCGCAGGAACAUGGCACCUUCUCUACAGCCUAGUCCCAGUCCAAGAUUUUCUGGACCAUUCAACUACCCGAGUCAGACCAUGUUCGACGGUCCAAAUCCUAAUCCUUACGCAGCAACCUAUGGAACUUCCCACCCUCAAAGUUCGGCUGGAAUAACACAACAGCACUACCCUCUUCCUGUUGAGAAUUUGGGCUUGUCUAGUUACCGAUCUGGUGGUUCUUAUUCAGGACAGACUAGUUACGGGAUAUAUGAUUAUGGAAGUACUGCUCCUCCAACUUAUCAACCUCCGUAUACAAUUGAUCAAACCAGCUACAGGGGAUAAUUGUACAACCCCCCAAUCCAUUUUAUACCGUUGUCUCCUUAUGCUACUUUCAACUAAUUGUAUUUCUCGUUUUGUGCAUGCCAUAAUUGGAAAUAAAAUAGGUUCCUGGGAAUGUAUUUCUUCAAAUGCAUAGAUGUAUGGUGCGAAUGAAAGUUCUUUUUUUUUUUUUCUCUGUUUACUUUUACUGUUUCAAAGUAAUUAAUUUUCCCUUUUAUUCUUUUGGGAAUAUAUCCCUUUUCUUCAAAUACAUAGACAUAUGCCAUGAUUACUUUUUUGUUCGGCUGAAUUUCUCAAUCUCUAUGCCGAUUGUGUAUGCCCAAAAGCACUAGUAAGUGGUAAAAAUGUUUAGU